CGGAAUCCAUUAUUAAUAGCAAUAGGUUAAAAACUGCCCACGAUUCUCGAAGCCAGUCGUCACUAUCAACUAAGCCAAUCUAUUGUAGCGUAAAAUUUGUUCAAAUCUCUGCGUUUGCCGAUGGCUUCUCAGCAAGUCAGAGAAAGUCUAGGCACUCUGAGUAAGGACUCAUUCGUUUCUCUCCUCACUAACCUCAUUGGCGAGUCCAAGUUUGUCCAAAACAACCCUCCAGAGUUGAUCCCAGAAGAGGACAGGGUGGUCAAACACGUUCUCGAUGUUCUUCUUCCCUACAGCACUACCAGUGGAGGAGGCCCCUUGCUUAUUAACCAUGUCACAUAUUUUCCCGGUCGAGGAAAUCUUAUUGUGGAGUAUCCAGGAACCGAGCCAGGAAAAGUCCUGUCUUUUGUUGGCAUGCACAUGGAUGUUGUCACUGCUAAUCCUAAUGAUUGGGACUUUGAUCCUUUUACAUUGAGCAUUGAUGGCGAAAAGCUUCGCGGCCGUGGUACUACUGAUUGUUUGGGACACGUUGCUCUAGUGACUGAGCUAAUGAGGAGGUUGGGGGAGACCAAGCCGAGAUUAAAGUCGACUGUGGUGGCAGUGUUCAUAGCUAAUGAAGAGAACUCUGCUAUAACAGGGGUUGGUGUGGAUGCACUUGUGAAAGAUGGGCUUCUCAAUAAACUGAAGGGAGGUCCUCUUUACUGGAUUGACACAGCAGAUAAACAACCUUGCAUCGGUACAGGAGGUAUUAUUCCUUGGAAACUUCAUGUGACUGGGAAGCUUUUUCACAGUGGUCUAGCACAUAAGGCUAUUAAUCCUUUGGAGCUGGCCAUGGAGGCUCUUAAAGAAAUCCAAACAAGAUUUUACAGAGACUUUCCACCUCACCCAAAGGAGCAAGUCUAUGGAUUUGCAACACCAUCAACCAUGAAACCAACCCAAUGGCAUUAUCCAGGAGGUGGUAUUAAUCAAAUUCCUUUUGAGUGUACAGUAUCAGGAGAUGUCAGGUUAACUCCCUUCUACAAUGUAAAAGAUGUGAUGGAGAAACUACAAGAAUACGUGGAUGACAUAAAUGAGAACAUAGAGAAGCUGGAUACAAGGGGUCCAGUUUCAAAAUAUGUUCUACAUGAUGAAAAUAUGAGAGGAAGCCUUACAUUGACUUUUGAUGAGGCGAAUGCUGGAGUUGCUUGUAAUCUUGACUCUCGAGGUUUUCAUGUUCUCUGCAAGGCAACUGAAGAGGCAGUUGGGCAUGUAAAACCUUAUUCAAUCACUGGGAGUUUACCACUCAUUCGAGAACUGCAAGACAAAGGCUUCGAUGUUCAGACUGCAGGCUACGGUUUAAUGUCCACAUACCAUGCCAAGAAUGAGUACUGUCUUCUAUCUGAUAUGUGCCAAGGAUACCAGGUUUUCGUCAGCAUCAUCUCACAGCUAGAAGAUUGACACAAUAAAAUGACAAGGUGGCAAUGGCACCACCAUAUUAUAACCCAUAAACAUGUUUUCUCAACAUAAAACAAUCAGAUACAUCAGAUAAUGUGAAGCUAAGUUUCCAGCUUCAGAAAUUUUCAUUUGUUAUUUAUGAUGUGGUUUUUGUUUUAAUCUUUUGCAACAUAUUGAAACGCAGGUGAGUAGUAAAAAUGGUGCGCGCGCACACACACACUUGUGAUGAAAAUGUAAGUUUUCGUAUAACUGGUGUGUAAGCUUAAUUUUAGUUUAAAAGGUCUGUCUAAGAAACGGCAAUUGUUUACCUUGUAAUGUCCACAUUUUUCUUCGGGGAAAGACUAUUUUCUACCCAAGUUUUACCUAAAUUUCAAUAAUACACUUACAACUUAAACACUCA